AUGUCGUCGACAGAAGAAAAGUACGAGACCUUGGAGAAGAUUGGUCAUGGCUCCUUCGGUGUGAUCCGCAAGGUGCGCCGGAGAACGGAUGGCUUCAUCAUGUGCCGCAAGGAGAUCUCCUACCUCCGCAUGUCCCAGAAAGAGCGCGAGCAGCUCCACGCCGAGUUCCAGAUCCUGUCGCACCUGCGCCAUCCCAACAUCGUCGCAUAUUACCACCGAGAACAUCUCAAAAUGAGCCAGGAUUUGCAUCUGUAUAUGGAGUACUGCGGUAACGGCGACCUUGGCCGUGUUAUCAAGGAUCUCCAGCACAAGAACCAGCGUGCGCCCGAGAGCUUCGUCUGGAGCAUAUUCAGCCAGCUCGUCCUAGCCCUGUAUCGAUGCCACUACGGCGUCGACCCUCCCGAGGUGGGAACUCAGGUGCUGGGCUUGACGCAAGGGAACGCAUACGGUGCACCCAAGGUCCCUGCUGGCACAAUGACUAUUCUGCACCGAGACCUGAAACCUGAGAACGUCUUCCUGGAUGAAGACAACUCAGUCAAGCUGGGCGACUUUGGUCUCAGCAAGAUGAUCAAGUCACAGGAUUUCGCAUCCACCUAUGUCGGGACACCCUUUUACAUGUCGCCCGAGAUCUGCGCGGCAGAGAAGUACACUCUCAAGUCGGAUAUCUGGUCACUUGGCUGCAUCAUCUUCGAGCUCUGCGCGCGUGAGCCUCCAUUCAAUGCCAAGACGCACUUCCAGCUCGUGCAGAAGAUCAAAGAGGGCAAGGUCGCCCCCCUUCCAGAGAUGUACUCUCCAGAUCUUAACCAGGUCAUCAGAGACUGCCUCCGGGUCAACCCCGACCGAAGACCAGACACAACCCAGCUGCUCAACCUGCCAACUGUGAAGCUUAUGAGAAAAGAGAAGGAGGUGGUUGACUUGAACAAGGCGCUUCGAAUCAAGGAAGACGCACUUAGGAAGAGGGAGAAGGACCUCAAUGACAGACUGGCUGUCAUGGAUCAGGAGAAGAACAUGCUCCGUGAGGAACUCGACGCAUCCCUACGACGAGAAUGGGAGGUCAAGGCCCGGCUCGAGAUUGACCGCCUCGUGGGGCUAGAGAUCGAGAAGCUGCAGAAGCGCUUCGAGGAGGAGGUUCAAGCCCGUGUCGAUUCUGAGCUGCAGAAAAAGACGGUGGCAUUUGUGACGGAGGAACCCAAGCCAGAGGAAGGUCUCCUACCUCCGCUUCCCGUGUCAGAACCCAAGUCCGACUACCCUCACUCGUCAAUUGGAGCAACUAGUGGUGACGAGUUUCCUUCCACGACUGAUCUCACCGACUACUCCAUCGACAGCCCUGAUAGCACCAAGGAGACUAAGAAGCCCAACACAAGGACGCCUUUCGGGCGUGCCCAGACAAUGUUUGUUGGCCACCCAGCCGGAACUCCCAUGGACGUGGAGAUGGCCUCACCAAGCCCCAUGGCCAUUGCUUCUCUGUCUCUCUCCCCACGCCGAGGAGAGGCCACCAAGGCACCAACCCUCCAUACAGGCAACAUCUUCGCUGUCAAUGCCGCCAAUAACGGCGAGCGACGGUGGAACAUUCCCCGCGAGGCUCUUCUCGAGGAGUCGGAUGAUGAGGAUAUUAUCCCAUCUCCCACCCGCCAGAUCAAGUCGUCCAAGAACCCAUUCACUAGCAAAUCACGACCUGUUCUCACUUCCCAGAAGUCAUGCCCCAUCAAUCGUCUGAAGGGACAGACCAAUGGCAGCUCAGGAGGCGGUCUGGUCUCCAAGGUUGGGCUGAUGCCACCCGAGUCCGGCCCUCGGUCGCCUAACAGACGGCUGAGCAAGAUCCCAUCGGCUGCCAAUCUGGCAGAGAACGGCUCAUCAGGCAUGGGCGGACUGGGCCGAAAUCCUUCGACCAGGAAGGACAACAGCAGUGACGCGCUGAGCAAGAUGGCUGCUAAGAACAACAUCAAGGGCCGGACGCUGGUAGAACUACAACAGGCACGAGCAGGCGGCCGUCCAAUGAGCGCAAUCCCUGGAACGACGUCGGGCAACGCCUCUGGAUCCGAGAACAGCGGCAACGUGAGCCCUAAGCGUAUCGCGGGUCGCAAUGUCGGAGGACGCAGAUCCAGCGGCGGGAGCAGCGAGCCUGCUGCCGUUUGGGAUCCGGAGCGCGACGAGAUGCCCAGCCCGUUCCUCGUGCGAACCCGCAAGAUGAACAAGGUCUGA